AUGGCUACUGCAUCUCGUCCUCCUACAAACGGUCAAUUGGCCAAGGAUUUGCCUGGGCUCACGGCAUAUCUGACGGGCCAUGAUCCAAAGACUGGGAAUACAACCAUACAAGAGAAGCGAGGAGCACAAUGGCAGUCAGUUGACGGCGGUGGAAUGGCAUUCAACGUUGCCUUCACCACCUCAGAGUUUCCGGUGUCGAUGAAUGGCGACAACGACAUUGUGAAACAUGAUCAAAGACUGGCAUCCGGCAAGUUAGGCAUUGUCAACCCUGGCGGGACCGUUCUUCGCUUCGUUGAUUUCGCGCCCGAAUUCGAGUCAAUGAUGCACCGCACCAGAAGUCUGGACUACGGCAUCGUCAUUGAGGGAUCCAUAGAAUUGAUCCUGGAUUCUGGCGAAAAGCAGCUUCUGCAAAGAGGAGAUGUGUGUGUUCAGCGUGGCACAAAUCACGCGUGGCGGAACCCGAGCAAAACAGAGUGGACCAGAGUAGUCUACAUCUUGCAGGACUCUCAGGCAGUGGAGGUGCAAGGUGAAUCUCUGAAAGAGUAUCUGGGACGAAGUGAGGGGGAGCUUCCGCCGAGCGGACCUCCAACGCUGCCGAUCAUCGGCAAUCUGCAUCAACUGCCUAAGCAGAAGCUUUUCUUCCAAUUUACUGAAUGGGCUAGACAGUAUGGAGGCCUGUAUACGUUGAAACUUGGUCCCGGCACAGUGGCAGUCCUCACUGACCGCCGAAUCAUCAAACAACUGAUGGACAAAAAGAGCGCGGUCUCUAGUGAUCGUCCAGUAAACCUUGUGGGUCAGCAGCUUAUCACAGAGGGAGACCACGUGCUCCUAAUGAGCAACUCGCCGACCUGGCGGAUGAUGAGGAAGCUAAUCCACCAAUCCUUGACGGAAUCCUUGUGCAACAGCAAGCACACGAAGAUCCAGCAAGCCGAGGCAACCCAAAUGCUGCACGACAUGAUGCAAGAACCAAAUCAAUGGCCUGAACACUUCAAAAGGUUCAGCAAUAGUGUCAUCAUGAGCAUAGUCUACGGCAUCCGCUCGAAGUCUGCCGUAGCGCCUCAUACUGUCAAGCUUAGUGAUACUGUCGAGUACUGGGCACGAAUCAACGAGUUUGGCGCCACGCCUCCGGUCGACAUAUUCCCUUUCUUGAAACUGGUGCCGGAGAGAUUUCUUGGCAACUGGCGCACCAGAGCAAAAGUCGUUCACGACGCGCUGCAUGAACUGUACGAAGGCCUUCUGGCAUCAGUACUGAGAAGGCGUGAAGCGAUUGGGCCCACGGACUGCAUCAUUGAUCAACUUUUGGAUGGCCAGGAAAAAUCUGAGCUAACGACACAUCAAAUUGCAUUCCUUAGCGGAGUCACCAUCAAGGGGGGCUCUGAUACCUCCGCCUCUGUACUCGCGUCGACCAUGCAAGCUUUGGUGACAUGGCCAGAAGUACAGAGGAAAGCGCACGCUGAGAUAGAUGCGGUUGUUGGCGAAGACCGUCUGCCCACCUGGGAUGACUACGCACAGCUGCCGUACAUUGCCGCUAUGGUCAAGGAGUCGCAUCGUUGGCGUCCAGUUGCUCCUCUUGGCGUUCCUCACGCUCUCUCGGAAGACGAAUGGAUUGAUGGAAAAUUCCUUCCUAAAGGCACUAUACUCUUCGUCAACGUCUGGGGUCUUCACCACGACGAGUCAAGAUACAAAGACCACGACGUCUUCGACCCUGACCAUUUCAAAGGUAACACUGUACUGGCUGCAGACUCCGCAAAUUCUGCAGACUUCGAGAAACGAGAUCAUUACGGCUAUGGCAACGGCCGAAGAAUUUGUCCCGGCAUCCAUCUAGCAGAUCGCAACCUCUUUCACGUUAUCUCGAAAAUUCUCUGGGCAUUCAAGAUUGAGAUAGCAACUGAUGAAAGCACAGGAAAGCCUAUUGUCCCCAAUACAAGCAUGGUCACUGGUUAUAGGGAGGGUCUCACAGCCUGUGCCUACGAUUUCCCCGUCAAGUUGACGGUCAGGUCGGAAGCUAGACGCAAAGCCAUUCUGCAAGACUUUGAUUUGGCAAAACAGGAGGUGUUCCCCACGUUCGAGAAAGCAGACUUCUUCAAUGAAUAG